AUGGUGCUGAGUGUUAACAUUCCGUUGAAGCCGUCGGAAGAAGCAGUGGUUAAAUUCCUGCUGUAUGAAAUACUUUUCAUAUAAAAUUCAUGUAAACCUUGCAGAGGCUUGGUUUUCGGCUCAAAAAAGACGCAAGGAACGCAGUCGAAUCGUAGAGAAUGCUUGCGCCACGACGUUUUCGGUGCGAGGUUAGCAUUUGAGCCCUCCGAAAUAUAUGAUUUUUCUAUUCCAGCCAGUUGAUACGAGCAAUUUUGAAGAAGGACAAGAAGAACCGAAAAUCGUGGAUUGUCGUCUGCAAUCUCGUUUACGGCAACACGAUUGUUUUGAAACAACAAGUUGCUCGUCUGCUUUGUAUGUUCGAAAAAUCUCGAAAAUUAUUAUUCUCCAAAUAUUAUUAUUCUAAAACAAAGUGGAAACCCAAAUACCGAAAAUACCGAAUUCAGAUGAUGCGAUCAGGGCAAAAGACAUGGUUACUCUUUCGAAUUACAUUACUGAGGAGGAGGAAAGAAAGCGUAAAACGCGAGAGUUGAUCGAGGAAGCCAUUCGUGACGAGAAGACUCCAAAAAAAAAGAGAAGAUCGAAGGCGAUGGAAAGGGAUGACGAUUAUUUGAUAACGACUCCCAUGCCUGCGGUUGCUCUUCAUUUUGAAUUACCUUCGACUAAGCUAUCCAUUUUCAGAUGCAAGCGCUGAAACAGAACAUCACGAUGGCGGACGUCGUCUCGAGUGCUCACAAGGUCGACAAUCCAUGGACGGGCGACGAGCUAGCUCCAGUGACUGAUGAGCAGUACGACAUGCUGUAUAAUAUGCUCGAAGACAGCGAUGGACGCCUCUCCUUUACGAACAGGUAGAUAAGGGUGGAGUCUAUAUUAAAGCUAUUUGUGUCUGGUUCAGAACAUUCAUCGAUCGAUAUAGUUCAAACACGGCCCCAGAAAACGUUCUGAACGUGGGCAUGGAUAUGGAACUGGACAGACCGACAUACGACAAUAUUCAGGAAUUGUAUAAUACCCCGAGGAAGGAGAAUCAAAUCGAGAGUGUCCGAGAUCGUUUCAAUGAGAACAGUAUGAUGCACGAGGAAAUGUUCGAUCACAAUCCACAGCUAGCAGAUAUUCUCCGUUUUGGACUAAUUCCGAUUCUUUCUAAUGAAGGUCAAAAAAUAAGUUUGGAUGAAGAAAUGGAAAGCGCCAGACACCGCGCCAUUGUGGGUUCACCUGAAAAUCGUCUCAACAAAGUAUCUAUUUCAGGACACUGACUUGCAGAUAGACAGUAGUCAGCCGAGGAUGGAGGUGCCACGGCUUGCCUCAGAGCAGGUACUGUCAUUGGCGUUAACCUAACUGUCAGACAUUGGUUUUUUAGAUAUCGUUGCUUUCUGACGCUCAAGUUGUCAUUCCUAAAAAACAAAGAGCAUCGCGUACCCCGGCGAAAAAUCAAAAAGAUUCAGAAGAGCAAGACGUUGUCGGUCACAUGAUUUCACUGGUGGGAGAAAGCACGGCUUUGUUCGAUAAUUGGUCUGAUUACAGAAGAGCAUGCACCGUAUGAUGGAAGACUUCUCGAGUCUUCAUUAUUCGGACACGAAGCACUUCCUGCAAAAACCAAAAAAGUUCAUGAGUGUGAAGCAGCUGCUGGAUCUUGUUCCGUUCUUUCUGAGAGAGAACUGCGAUACAAAACUAUGGACAGUUUUUGAUGGAAAACCGAAAAGACACGAGAAGGACUCAAGAAGCAAUGUUUCGAACGAGUCCAUGGUGAGCGAGCCGCCAUCGAAAAGAAGUCGGCGGUCCGAUUACGAGAAUUUAAAUCUGGAGCCUAUCGACCUGUCGCAAAUGAAAGUAAUGAUGACGCCUUUGAAAGAAAAGACUCCCGCGUUCGUGUUUUAUCUCCUUCCAUUCAAUGUAUUUCCAUUUCCAGGUCGUCUCCAAUUCAUCGCUCGGAACUCGAACCCCUCGCUGAAGUGGAAACUGCGAGAAGAAUGCAAGGUUUGCUCCCGUCCUGAUUGACUUCAUUACCUCUUUUUUCUAGAAGAGUUCAAUUACGACGACGUGAUUCGUAACCCGAUAUCACCGAGGUUCAUUCCAAUUUGUACUUUGUUAUUCGAUUAAAAAAUUUUUCAGAUUCAACGAACAACUGUCCGAGAACAUGGACAAUUCUGUCACUCCAAGGCAAAUAACGGACGGCUCACACCGGCUCGGAUCCGACGACAGAUCGGCCGCUGUAAUUCGUGAGAAUCUUCUCGCGUAAGGGCAGCCAUUUUUUUUCUCGGUCAAUUGUUGCCAAUUCAGAGAAUGCCAGAAAGCAGCUCCGUACACGUUUAGUCUCGAAUCUGUGUUCCGUCCGAAUGUGUCCAGAAGAGAAGCCGCCAGAACAUUCUAUGUCACUCUGGGUUUGUAUCAACAAUAUCUGGUGAUAUUCUUCGAAUGUACGUUUCAGAACUUCUCAAAGAACGAGAACUAGUUGUGAUGCAAAGAGAGCCGUUCGACACGAUUGAGCUGCAAGUCGAACAUGAGGAUUCGGAUGAUAUCGCGACGGUCGAAGCCUAG